ACCAUUUUUUUCUUGAGUUUUUCACAGAUUUUUACAACAUUAUAUAAUAUUUUGAAUAAAGGAUCUCUUGGUUUUUGCCCCAUAGUAUUUCACAACAAACACCAAACUUCAUUUUCCAUGAUUUUCCAUUUUUGCAUAAUUUCGUCAAGAGUUUCAGUGGUUUGAAAAGCUUGUGAGCAUAAAUAAAACACAGAAUUUCCACCAUAUUUCUUCAUACUUAAGAGUGAUGGAGCCAUAUGAUGAAGACCCCAUGUCUUUGAAGCUAUUUCGUGCAAAAUCCGACCUUCUUGAUAUUCUCCAAGCCUCAAAUUCCAUGGAUUUGAGCUUAUCCAAAAUGGAGAUGCGUUUGACUACCAUAACACAAACCAUCUCUACAACAAGAAGGGUCAUUGCCCCUUUACAGUCCAUUGCAAUGGCCACCAAAGCCUUGGACACUCGCAUUGAUCGAGCCAUCUCUCCAGCCACAAAGGUCCUCGAAACCUUUCGGAUUGCCGAGAAUCUCCAAACCAAGUUGUCAAAGACCCCAAACCCAAAUCCCAGUUCUACCGUUGAUCCUGUCUUGAAAUCAGCCAACCCCUCGAACCCAGUCUCAGUUGAUCACCUCAAUCAAAUAUUGCAAUUGUUACAAAUCAUCGAUGAAUUGCAUUAUACGCUUCAAUUGCUCACCACAGAUUGUGAGCCGGCAAUCCAACGGCUACAAGAGGUUGUUGAGUUCCUCAGUAGGACAAGAGCCACUGAUAAUUAUCGCAUCAAUCGCCUCAAGGAUGCUCUAGAGACACUUAAGGCUGUGUAUGAGAAUGAAAUUGACACCAUGAAUUAUGAUGGGUUACUUGAUGAGACACUUUUGAGUUUGCAAUAUGACUAUGAGAAAAUUCUGGAUCAAUUGAAGCUCAAAAUCACAGAAGAAGGAGACCAGGAUAGGAAGGAUUUGGGGUCAGAAUUGCAAGUCGAAGUAUUGAGAAGAAUUACCGAGACACUCUCCGUUAACGAUUGCCUGGACAUCUGCAUCGACAUCUAUGUGAAGAUCCGUUAUAAGAGAGCGGCAAAAGCCUUGAUGCAAUUGAACCCAGAUUAUCUCAAGACGUAUGCACCGGAAGAUAUUGACUUAAUGGCUUGGAAGAAGCUCGAAACCGCAAUUUCUCUAUGGAUUCAACAUUUCGAGCUUGCUCUUAAAACAGUGUUUGAGUCAGAGAAGAAGCUAUGUCAACAAGUAUUCAAUAACAUAAUGGAGGGCUCUAUGUGGCCUGAGUGCUUCGUGAAGAUCGCUGAUAAGAUCAUGGCUGUCUUCUUUAGGUUUGGAGAAGGGGUAGCGAGGAGCAGCAAGGAACCACAAAAACUCUUCAAGCUUCUUGACAUGUAUGAGUCAACAGAGAGGCUCAAGCCGGAAGUGGCUGAUAUAUUUGAAGGAGAAGCAGGGAUUGAUAUAUGUGCAAGACUUAGGGAACUGCAAAAACUUCUUGUCCAUGCUUCCUGCAAAGUGUUUUAUGAGUUCGGCCUCCACGUUGAAGGUCUACAAGACGGGGUGCCUCCUUCCGAUGGAGCAGUCACAAAACUCAUACGUUACUCUGUAAAUUACCUAAAAACUUUAACGAGCGAAGGUUAUAGCUCGGCCAUGGCAAAGGCACUCAAAACAGAGCAAAUUUGGAAAUCGGGUGUCCUAUCGAAGCCUGCCACUGAAGAAUCUCUGUUAAAAGAUGCAAUCAUGAAUGUUAUGGAGGCAAUGAAGAGGUACAUUGAUGGAAAGAAAUCCUCUUACAGAGACCGGAUUCUGUCGUGGAUUUUCUCGAUGAACGCGCAUUGGUAUGUAUACAUGAGGGCUAGAAACACAGAGUUGGGGAGGCUUUUGGGUGAGCCAUGGCUCAGAGAGAAGUUCAAGGCAGCAGCUGAGAUGGCUGCUUACUCCUAUCAAGAGAAUGCAUGGGGGUCAGCAGUGGCUUAUUUAGAAGGAGAGGAGUUGAAAGAGGAAAACUACAAUGACAAGGGAGAAAUUGAGGCUCUAAUGAGAGAGAAUUUGAAGGCCUUUUUAAAGAGCUUUGAAAUAUGUUAUGAGAGGCAUAAGAAGUAUGGGUACAAUGUCCCAGAUGUAGACCUGAGGGAGCAAAUUAAGGGGUCUAUUGUGAAGCUUGUGGUGCCGGCCUAUGAGGACUAUAAGAGAAGAUAUGGUGGGGUGGUAGAAAAUGUGGAGGAAACCAAGGGUUUUCCCACUCCUGGUUCCAUUGAGAGGAGGUUGGGGCGGUUGUUUGUAGGGAAAGCAGGGGGCUGAAAAGGAAGGAAUUGGGACAGGGUUUUAGAAAUGUUCUGUAUGGUUUUGGUAUUCCCUCUCUUGUUUCUGUGUUUCAUGUGUUUGGUUCUUGCUUUAUCUUUUCCUUCUUGGAAAGUACUUUCUGUUGCUUAUGUAUAUGGAUCUGUCAAAGAAGCUAAAUAAGAGAGUAGUUGAGAGAGAUAAGACCAGCAAACAUGGUUGGUGACUGUAUAUCAUUAACAGACAAUUGCACCAGUUCUUGGUAAAAUCAUGAACUUUUGAACCCACCCCGAAUCAGUUUGGUGACCGAGAUGUUCAAAAUUUGAGUGUGAGCAAGCAGUGGCAUUGAGAGCGUGACUUAGCCACUAAGACGUUGUUCGGAAAUCUUGGCAAACUGGCUGGGCUGGCCCAAGUUGAGCCUGAGGCCUGACCCUUGGGUCAUAUUUUGCUCCCAGGUCCUAGUUUUUAUAAGUUGGGUUCAUCCGGGCUAAGCCAGGCCGC